AUGGAAAGAAACAUUUGGAUCCGAGCCCAGAUCCGGCAGCUGGAGGAUGUUCUCGCUGGUCUUAGAACCCGGCUUUCACUCAUGAACGCAAGGCAGUCAAGCAACGAUGCCGAGUUCUGGAGGAUCUGGGGUAGAGAGAGGGAAGAAUAUAAGAAUUCCCCGGAAGGAAUGCGUCUCUUGAGCAACUACAACAGCGAAACUGCGAGACGCCGCGCUGACCAGCUGGAUUUGGAAAGCAAGAUUGAUGAUGUGCAGUACCAAAUCAGGCUUGAACCACUCGAGAGGGAAACUUUCGGAUUAUUUUGGGAGUCAAAGGGGGGUUACAAUGAUCUCAUGGUUCGGAGUAGAAUGCGAGAAGGGGGAUCCGAGAUGAGAACAUCAUCAAAUGGAACUGCCUUUUUUUGA